UGGGCCCCCCGUCAACAGGCGACUUCCUCUUUUUUUUUCUUCUCUGAUUUCAUGGCGAUCGGGAGAGAGGGAACACCACCGACGCACUCACUGUCUCGGCUCUCCUGAAAGAGUUUGAUUGGGUGCAAACUGAGUUGUCAACCAUAUUGGCACUAAAGUACAAACAGUCGUCCUGCGGGUGAAGUUGAUUGGGCAAUAUUGAAGGCAGUGCCAAAUACUUGGAUCUGUUUUUUUUUCUGCGCUGUCCUGGGUUAAGACUGCUUAGUCUAUGGCUCUGAUGGACAAACACAAAGUCAAGCGGCAGAGACUGGACCGCAUCUGUGAGGGCAUUCGCCCUCCCAUCCUGAACGGGCCGAUGCACCCACGGCCGCUGGUUGCCCUGUUGGACGGGCGCGACUGCACUGUGGAGAUGCCCAUCCUCAAAGAUGUGGCCACCGUGGCCUUCUGCGACGCCCAGUCCACACAAGAGAUUCACGAGAAGGUGCUGAAUGAGGCAGUCGGUGCCCUGCUGUAUCACACCAUUACUCUGUCCAGAGAUGACUUGGACAAGUUCAAAGGUCUUCGCAUCAUCGUCAGGAUUGGCUCUGGCUUCGACAAUGUGGACAUCAAAGCAGCUGCUGAGCUGGGCAUUGCCGUCUGCAACGUUCCAGCAUCUUCAGUGGAGGAGACUGCUGACACCUCGCUGUGUCUGAUCCUCAAUCUGUACAGGCGGGUCACCUGGAUGCAUCAAGCCCUCAGGGAGGGAACCCGCGCCUCCAGUGUGGAGCAGAUCAGGGAGGUGGCUGGUGGCGCUGCUCGCAUCCGGGGGGAGACACUGGGUAUCAUUGGCCUGGGACGCGUUGGCCAAGCAGUGGCUCUGCGAGCCAAGGCCUUUGGUUUUGGUGUGAUCUUCUAUGACCCCUAUCUGCCCGAUGGUGUGGAACGCUCUCUGGGCCUGCAGCGUAUGGCAACUCUGCAGGACCUGCUCAUCCACUCAGACUGUGUCUCCCUGCAUUGCAGCCUCAAUGAGCACAACCACCACCUCAUCAAUGAUUUUACUAUCAAACAGAUGCGUCAGGGGGCCUUCUUGGUGAACACAUCGAGAGGGGGCCUGGUCGAUGAGAAAGCGCUCGCUCAGGCACUGAAGGAGGGCCGGAUACGAGGAGCCGCCCUGGAUGUCCAUGAGACGGAGCCCUUCAGUUUUUCAACAGGCCCUCUGAAGGAUGCCCCCAACUUGAUCUGUAACCCCCACACCUCCUGGUACAGUGAGCAGGCCUCUGUAGAGGCUCGCGAGGAGGCAGCCAGGGAGGUGCGCCGUGCCAUCACUGGGCGUAUCCCUGACAGUUUGAAGAACUGUGUUAACAAGGAGUAUUUGAUGGCAGCCUCCCAAUGGCCCAGUAUGGAAGCUUCUACCGUUCACCCCGAACUCAAUGGCGCUGCGGCAUACAGAUUUCCUCCGGGUUUGAUCAGCGUGGCAGCAGCAGGGGGUCUCUCAGGGGCCGGUGCUGGAGUUGAGGGCUUGGUGUCAGGCUCUCUGGCACAUGGCAUCGCCCCCGUCUCUCACCCUCCCCACACUCCCUCCCCAGGGCAACCCACGAAGGCUGAGGCCGACAGAGACAUCCCCUCUGACCAAUAGCCCCCGCAUGCCCACCAACACAUUCCGUCACCUUUGGAAACCAACCCACGUCCCUCAACCCCACCUCCCAACAUCAACAGGCUCACUCUCUAAUACAAUGACAUUGGCGGCACCAGUUUGGUCCAGGUUGAUACAGAUCCACACAACCAGAUUAUCCAGAUCACAUAACCAACCCAGGAGUGACCUGUCCACAACUAUCUCCAACUCUCCAACUGCAGCGAACCCCCCCUCCUCCCCUCCCCCAGAAAAUGCUCAUCUCUUGCCAUCCUUUGCCAUCCCAGGUCCCACCCACCCUCACCCACCUGCAACGUCAGCAAUAACUCUUCUCAAGGAUUCAGUAAUCGGAUUGGUUCAUUUCCUUUAGUUGGCUUUUAUUGUUUUCAUGAAAGAAAAAACAAACUUUAUCCCCCCUGUUGAUCUGUUAUGGUUUUAGGUGUUUUUUUUUCUCUUUUUUUCAUUUGUAAAAAUAGCAUUUCUGAAGUGAGGCUUUUCUGUGAGCCUUCCCCUGCCGUCCUGCCCUGACUCUGAUCCCCACAGGCAGGAAGGUCUAAGCCCCCUGUGUACGUUAAUGGCUAAUGUUACUGCUCUUUUCUUCUUUUCUUUCUUCUUUCUCGCCACCACUUCUGUCAUGGUGGGGAAAAUGUGUACUAAAGUAUAAACGGACAGAGUCGCAGACAGUACUUCUAGUUUUCCCUGGCAGGCAUCAGGCUAACACCGACCCCCCCUUCCCCUCAUCUCUUUCUCCCCUCUCCCCGACCCUGUUUGUCAUCUGGCCAAGCCCAGGGAUCCAUAAUGAUGUCAGCACAGAGCUCCUCAGCAUGUUGUCUCCCUCUCAGCAUGUUCGUCUCUCUCCUAUUGCAAUAAACUUUAGCGCCCCCCCCCCCCCCAUUUGGCAGGCGUUAACUGUGUGACGUCUUUUGAUGAGGUCGUAUCAGAGAGCCUCACUUGGCUCCUCUUUCUCGUGACGGUUUAUGUGUGAGCCGGCCAUUUAUGAUGUUUUCUGUAUUCGCGCCAGCGUCAGCUCACGGGGUGCUUUGCCAUUAACCUUAAUGGUUGUUAUGAUCUGUUAAAAUGGCCACAUAUUAGACAGCCCCUUGGUUUUGAGUUCAACCUCAUGAAAUGACUGAAGGGAUCUGUGUGAGGUAUCUUUUCUUUGGAACAGCCCUCACAUAUAAUCAAUCAAAUACAUCAGCUCCUCCUAGCUGAGAAUACAACAUGGUGCACACUUGGUGCCUGGCCACCAAGGGGCACUGUUUGAGCACUCACAACUCUGGAGAACUUGAGUUUGCAUGGUUAAGUUGCCCAAUGAGCAACUUUAUGUCCAGGCAAUGUAUCUCACUCAACGGAGCGGACAAACUGUUAAACGGCCAGCUUUAGAAGCGAUAGUGACAAAGAACACACAAUUGCCUCUCUUGCAUCACCCACACACUGCCAACGUCCAAAAACAACAGGGGACAGGCGACCAGAGAUAGACUGCCGCCUUAUUGUGUUAGAUAGCAGUUUUUUGUUUUUUUUUCUGUUUUUUACUCGGUCCCCCACCACCUCUCUCCCACUGUCCGAGUCCACUCUAUACAUCCGCUCAGUGAACUGGGACUCAUCCACCCAUCCCUCCAACAGUGAUGGGAUGGAGUAGUGUUCGGUUUCCCUUCAUGAGCAAAGGGGAGAGAGUGCUGUUGCAUGAUGGCUCUGUUUAACGACAGGGUUGUGUGUGUGUGUGUGUGUGUGUGUGUGUGUGUGUGUGUGUGUGUGUGUGCGUGCGUGCGUGCGUGCGUGUGUGUAUGUGUGGGCUUCCCUCGCCCCAUCAUAACAAGCUGUUGUCUUUUCCAAAGGAGUAGUCCCUCAGAGUAACUUAACACCGUCGCCCUGAUGUGAAGGGAACACCUUUUUCUAGUACCUCAGUAACAGAUAUUGAAUGUACCGUGCAUACCCUUUUCUUUUUGUACAGAUUUUCUAGAGACUUCUUUGCUAUUCCUGACCUUAAGGAUUAUGAAAUUGUAGCAUCGAUAAUACAACAACAAAAAAACCCACCCCGCACCCCAUAAAACGAGUCGACAGCAACACCUUUAUAAAUCUGACAUAGGCCGCUGUUGAAAACUCAGGCUCUGAAACCAACUCUUAAUCUCUGCCUUUUUAACAAGUUUUACUCUUUUUCUCUAGCUCUCACUUUGUCUUUCCUCAUUGGGAACAAUGAGCACAAUGUUUUCCCUUGAUUUCACAACCAAUUGAUCUUAACACGUUUGGACCUCCUCCAUCUUACUGGCUAAUGAAAAUGAGGAAGAACGAAGGUGAUCGGCAUGGUCUACUCAUUUUUUUCGACGUUCGAGGUAGAUGCUGCCCCCCCAUGCUGCUCCAUCUGUAGUGCAUGAGGUUUUUGUUUUUUUUUUCUAAGAGGAACUGCUAUUGGCUUGAAGAAUCUGUGUCAUCUUGUUGUUUCCUCCUGAUCCCUGUGACCCCAACCCCACCCUUUCCCUCUUAGUGUUUAACUCCGAGUUGCCAUUUUGUGGUGGUCAGUUUCCAGUGAUGUACAGCUUUUCAUCCCUCAGAGUCUAUAAGUGACACGGAGAGUGUCCGUGUCUGGAGACGUUAGGCUCCUCUGUCCCCAUGUGAUGAGUAUAUAUUUUUAAAAUAACCCCCAUAGUUUGAAUUAUGAGCAUAAUAGUAAUUUUAAAUUUGCUGUUGAUAACUAUGAUGAAAUGUUGUUUUUUUUUCCUUUUGUUUUUCAGUUCGGCAGUGCACUGUGUUAUGAAAUCCAUUGUUUUAUUGUAGAGUUUCAUUUUUAUGGAUUUGCUCUCUUGUGUUCUACAUGUUGUACUGAAACAUUUCAGAGAAAAUAAGAGAUCCCUUUCCCUGUGAAACUUUGUGAUUUUUUUCUUUUCUUUUUUUCCCCCGUUCUUUAAAUCUUUGCAUAGCUGCCCUAUCCAGCCGCUAUCCUCUGGGCCUUAUCGCUCCCUGUUUCAAAGUAGCUAUUAUAGAAAGCCGCCAUGGAAACACUCACUGCCUUAACACAGUUGACCACAGAUGGUGAGGUCAGGGACGCACAGUCGCACAUGGACAGA